CUCUCUCUCUCUCUCUCUCUCUCUCUCUCAAUUUUCAAUUACAAGGACUUGUUUGUUUCCUUUCCUUUAUAAAUAGGAUCAACCUUAAAAGCCACACCCAAGGCAUGAAUUGCCCUUCGGAUUGGCCAGAACCAAUAGUCCGAGUCCAAGACUUGUCGGAAAGCGGCCAGCCCACCAUCCCGGACCGGUAUGUGAAGCCGCCACUAGAAAGGCCACGGCCAGUGACAAACUCGGACUUGCUGGGAGAUGUGAACAUCCCCUUGAUUGAUCUGGGAGGCAUGUUUGGAGAUGACGAAGAUGCGAAGCGGAGCAUUAUCAAGCAAGUAUGCGCAGCCUGUCGUGACUGGGGAUUCUUCCAAGUCGUCAACCAUGGAGUUCGCCCCCAACUCAUGGACCGCGCCAGGGAAGUUUGGCGUCAGUUCUUCCAUCUUCCCAUGGAGAUGAAGCAGGUUUAUGCCAAUUCGCCGAAAACAUACGAGGGCUAUGGUAGCAGAUUAGGAGUCCAAAAGGGUGCCAUUCUUGAUUGGAACGAUUACUACUUUCUGCACUAUCUUCCAGCACGGUUAAAGGACCAUGCAAAGUGGCCUGCCAUGCCAGAAUCUCUCAGUAGGGAAGUGAUAGAAGACUAUUCAGCGGAACUGGUGAAGCUGGGUGGCGGGUUGAUGAAGAUAUUGUCGAUGAACUUGGGGUUGGGGGAAGAGUAUCUGCAGAAUGCGUUCGGAGGGGAGAACAUUGGGGCCUGCCUAAGAGUGAAUUUCUACCCAAAGUGUCCACAGCCAGACCUCGCGCUGGGGCUGUCUUCCCACUCGGACCCAGGCGGCAUGACGCUUCUGCUCGCAGAUGACCAUGUCACAGCAGGCCUCCAAGUCCUCAAAAACAACGCCUGGAUCAACGUCAAGCCUGCUCCCCACGCUUUCAUCGUCAAUAUAGGUGAUCAGAUUCAGGUGCUAAGCAAUGCCGUGUAUAGGAGCGUAGAGCAUAGGGUGAUGGUGAACUCAGAAGGCGAGCGCUUGUCUCUGGCUUUCUUCUACAACCCCAAGAGCGAUUUGCUGAUACAGCCGGCAAAGGAGCUGGUGACGGCCGAGAGGCCCGCGCUGUAUCCGCCCAUGACCUUCGAUCAGUACCGCCUAUUUAUAAGGACCAGAGGUCCCCAGGGCAAAUCCCAAGUCGAUUCUCUAAGGCCCGCCACUUCUUCUUGUGAAUCAAGCUAAUUAACUGGGGCCAAAUUAAAGGGACUCAAAAAAUUAGUAGAAGAAUUGGAUCUCUGCAGUGCAACGAGAGUUCGUGAAGUCUUCUACUCAUUAAUUGGGAUGGACUCUUCAUCUUCUACACAAUCAUCAUCAUCCCUGGGAACAUGAGAUGAUCCCAAUCCCAGACUUUCUAGUUAAUCACAAUUUUCAACUGUAAUUAGAUCACAUGUCGAUUCUCAUUCUUAGUAAUUAUAUCAACUUUUCUUUUCUUUCUCCAA